GUCUUACAUAACUUUUUGUGUGGUGACACAGUUUAGUGAUCUGUAUUCUUUGGCCAAAACCGUGAAAUGGAGAUAAUUUACUAACAUUUAGAAUAAAGGAGCAUCUUUCUCAUUUUUGUCUUUUCAGAGCGCUCUGCCUUACAGUAGGUCCACAUAGGCAAAUAUAGCACAAUAUUCAAAUCAUAAAAAUACAAGAAAAACGUUGUGAUGAAUGAAGUUAAGAGGCGUUCAGGGGAAAUUCUUGAAGAAUGCUGCUUAACUACAAAGCAUGGAGAAUGUGUUAUGGAAAAGCAUAAUGAUCCCAAUUUGAGGUUCAAUAUGCUUUCCCAGCAGGAGAUGGGUCUGGUCCAUCCUGUCCCUGUGCCAAGCACCCAGACUAGGGGACAGUGGUCCAGCAAGCUGGAGUUCCUCCUGGCUGUGGCCGGACAGAUCAUAGGCUUGGGGAAUGUAUGGAGGUUCCCAUAUCUGUGCUACAAAAAUGGAGGAGGGGUGUUCUUCAUCCCUUAUGUGCUCUUUCUGUUCACCUGUGGCAUUCCACUCUUUCUCCUGGAGACCUCCCUGGGCCAGUACAGCACGCAGGGCAGCAUCACCUGCUGGAGGAAGAUCUGCCCCCUGUUUGAAGGACUGGGUUAUGGUAGUCAGGUGGUGGUUCUAUAUUCCAGCAUCUAUUACAUCAUCAUUCUAGCCUGGGCCUUCUUCUACCUCUUCUCCUCAUUCAGCUCUGAGCUCCCCUGGGCCAGUUGUAGAAACAGCUGGAACACAGCAACCUGCACGGAGUUUAACAAAAGAGUAGUGGGACAUCUAAAUUGGACAGUAGCAGGAAACGCAACAUCGCCAGUGAGAGAGUUCUGGGAGAGAAGAGUUUUGAGUCUCACAGACAGUCCAAACAAGCUAGGCAGUGUUCGCUGGGAGCUGGCUCUGUGUCUUCUACUGUCAUGGAUUCUCUGUUACUUCUGUGUCUGGAAAGGAGUGAAGUCUACUGGGAAGGUGGUCUACUUCACUGCCACCUUCCCCUAUCUGAUGCUGGUGGUGUUGCUGGUCCGUGGACUCACACUGCCGGGGGCAAUAGAUGGUAUCAAGUUCUACCUCUACCCAGACCCAGCCCGCCUCACUGACCCACAGGUAUGGAUGGAUGCUGGAACACAAAUCUUCUUUUCCUAUGCUAUCUGCAUCGGCUGUCUGACUGCACUUGGCAGCUACAACAAGUAUGACAACAACUGUUACAAGGACUGUGUGUACCUGUGCCUUUUGAACAGUGGAACCAGCUUUGUGGCCGGUUUUGCGAUAUUCUCUGUUCUGGGCUUCAUGGCUUAUGAACAAGGGACAGACAUCUCAACCGUGGCGGAAUCAGGUCCUGGCCUGGCAUUCAUCGCCUACCCUCGUGCCGUGGCCAUGAUGCCAUUACCCCAGCUUUGGGCCAUCUUCUUCUUCAUCAUGAUAAUCCUACUGGGGUUAGACAGUGAGUUUGUAGGUCUGGAGGCUUUGGUGACAGGUAUCUCAGACAUGAAUCCCUCUUUCUUCCUGGUUGGCCAUCGGCGUAAAAUCCUCCUCCUCAUCAUCAGUGUGGGUAGCUUCUUCAUCGGCCUGGUCAUGGUCACAGAGGGAGGCCUGUAUAUCUUCCAGCUGUUUGAUUACUAUGCCUGCAGUGGGAUGACUCUGCUUCUCUUCGCUAUAUUACAGUCAGUGUGUAUCAGCUGGGUUUAUGGUGCAGACCGUCUGUACGAUAAUAUAGAAGACAUGAUCGGUUAUCGACCAUUACCCAUCAUUAAGUACUGUUUGAAGUAUGUCACUCCAGUCAUCUGCACUGCUACAUUUGUCUUCUCCUUGAUAAAGUUUUCCCCACUGAAGUUCAACAACACCUUUCAGUAUCCUUGGUGGGGUUCCGCCGUUGGUUGGUGGUUCACUCUCUCCUCCACCCUCAUGGUUCCAUUAUGGAUGGUGUACAUCGUGAGCAUCACUCCUGGUACACUGCGACAGAGACUGUCCAUCCUCACCACGCCGUCAGAAGAUCUCCCCAUGACCAAGGCCCAAAAGAAUUCCCUCCUGGCCAAGCAGUCAGAGCAAGACAGACCCCUGGGGGACAUGGAGAUACCAGCCUGGGGCCACAACCUCCUAGACAGAGACACUGGCCCCCUGUAGAGACACUGGCCCCCUCUCUCAGCCACCAUCCCUAUAGGACUAGAGAUAAGCAGGUCCAGCCAGUCACUCAAGGUCCUGACAUAAACAAUACAAAUACUUCCCGUUGUGUAACAGAGGCUUAUGUGACCCUUCGCUUGGUCUGAGUGGCUUAGAAAAGUAUAGUACAGAACAUAAUCCACCCCAUGCCUUUUUCUUGGGAGGGCGAUGUGGGCAAGUGUUUCCAAAACACACACUAUUUCCUCCAAAACACACACUAUUUCCUGUAUGUAGCGCUGAUGAGACGUAGAACCACUCAUUCUGGAAAGUCUUGAUGUGAAAGAGAGAGAUGCGGUCAUUCUGUUUGGUCCAGAGAACCCAACCUAGAAUUAUUAGAAUUACAGGUCAAUCUUGCAGUCUCAUGUCAGAACGCAGAGAAAGCAUCUGAAGUGAGAUAUUGAGUAAGGUCCGGCAAAAUUAACCAGGUCAUGGCAGAGUAACCAGGUCAUGGCAGACUUGGGUCUUGGCAGAGUAAUGGAUGGAUAGAUCAAACACCUGUCACACAACAAUGGUGGAAACAAAACAUUGGUACCAGUUGGUUAACUGAGUCUGUAUAAACAAGUGAACAAAUUUUUUUUUUUAAAGAUACAUUUUAUCUUUUUUUGGGGUGGGUUUAAUAUUCCGACAUACAGUAGUUUUUUCUACUACUAUGUAAUUUCUUAAGACUUUGUGAAGUAUAACAAUUGUGAAAACGUAUCGAUGGUUAAUUAUAAGGGAUUGGGUAGAUGCAUAUAUAGUAGAAACACUGCACAAUACCGAGAUAGGAUUUGAUGCCAAUAUCAAUAAAAUCAUUAAACCUUG